AUGGAGACCCUGUGCUUAGUUAGGUUAGAACAUCGUGCUAAUAAUGCAAUGGUUAUCUUUGGGACAGAAGUGGAUCUUCCCCUGCCUCUAGAAGUUGCUGUAUCCAAAGAUGGAGAACUUCGCUUAGAUUAUCAUCCCCCCGUGGGCGUUCCGCCGCCAAAUGUAACAUUUCACCCUUUAGAUGUGAAAGAAGGAAUAGUUGUCGAUGAUGUCAUUCCUGGAACAGAAUAUGCAUUUCAAUUAUACUACUCAAAUCGAUCUAUGAAUGAAGUUUUAACAUGGACUACUGUAAUAGCUACAGAACCAGAUCCUCCAAGCAAUCUGUCAGUUGGUGUUCAGACAGGAAAAAUAGUAGAGCUUCUAUGGGAACCUCCUGUUACUGGCGGCUAUACAGGCUUCAGAUUGUCCAUUUUUUCUCAAGAUGAUCUCAGUCCAAGAACCUUUGAACUUGCUGAGGACACUUUAUCUUUUACACUUCAAGACUUAACGCCUGGAGCAUCAUAUGAAGUUCAGCUAUCUACUUUAUAUCAAGAUAAAGAAUCUUCAGUUUUUAUAUCUUCUAAUUUUACCACUAAGCCCAAUACACCUGGCCGCUUUAUUGUUUGGUUUCGAAAUGAAACUACACUUCUUGUGCUGUGGCAGCCUCCUUAUCCAUCUGGAAUCUUUGAUCAAUAUCGUGUUAGUAUUUCGCCUGAGGAUGCUGUACAGUCUGUAUUAUUUGUGGAAAAGGAAGGAGAACCCCCUGGUCCAGCUCAAGCCGCUUUCUAUGGACUUGUGCCUGGUAGAGCUUAUAACAUAUCAGUACAAACAGUUAGCAAUAACCAAAUUAGUGAGCCUACAGAAGCUCAAUACAGAACAGUUCCUUUGCCGCCAACCAAUGUCACAUAUAAUAAAAAUACUUUAACAGCAUAUUCCUUUGAUGCUGUUUGGGCUCCUCCAAAAACACUUUCUGAAUUUGAUAGGUAUCAAGUAGCAUUAGGAAUUCGGAACAGUGUUAGACAAACCAUUGGCCGUACAGAAGCUCAUGUUGCUCACUUUGAUGAAAAUCUGGAUCCUGGAAAAACUUAUGAAGUGAUUGUCAAAACAGUUAGUGGAAAUGUUGCAAGUUGGCCUUCUGGAGUUAAUAUCACCACCAGGCCACUUCCUGUUGUUGAUCUCAACUCGACUGCUGUUGAAGCUGGAGAAAUUCUUGUACAUUGGCAACCACAUAACAGUAGCUUACAAGAUUCUUAUUUUGUGAGCAAUCAUGAACUGGAAGCCUAUAAUGGUGAUGGAAUUCCUCAAGUUGUCCAUGAAACGUACUAUCAACUCAGUGAUCUUCUUCCUGGAAGGAACUAUUCCAUUAGUGUUGUAGCUCUAAGUCGAGGGAUACAAAGUGAACCCUCUACUGUGUAUCAAGCUACCAGGCCAUCUUCUCCAGUAAUUGAAAUGCUUGAGCCUAUUGAACUUGGAUGGAAUAUAUCUUGGAAAUCUGAUGUUACAAGCAGGCAGGACUCAUAUUCAGUUGUUUGGGUGAGGAAUGACACAGGAAAGGUUUUGACUAAUACAACAAAAAAUAACUGGUUAUGUAUAAAUAAUUUGUUCCAUGGAGCAAGUUAUGAAAUCAAAGUUUAUGCUGUCAGUUAUGGCUUAGAAAGUGAUCCUCACUCCUAUUUCCAAACUGUUGCUCCAAGACCACCUGGCAAUGUUCAAAUUGUGAAAGCUAGUAAUUCUACUAUGAUUUUAACGUGGAUUUCUCCAAAUGAAUCUGUUAUUGAUCAUUAUAUUGUUCGCUAUCGUCCUACUAAAAGCAUUGUAUGGAAAGAAGUUGUUAUAGCCAAUGCUACCUCAUGUGAAAUUAAGAAUCUAGACUCAGGAGAGAAAUAUGAAAUCCAAGUGGUGUCCAUGAGUAAUAAAGUUGAAAGCCCUGAUGCUAAAAUUAUCGAACAAACAAUGUAUCCCAAUUCAAUCAAGCAUGUCCGCCACAUCCUUGAUUCUUAUAAUAUCACAUUUGAAUGGAACAUUCCCCCUGGAAAGAAAGACUAUUACAUAAUCAAUUAUUAUCCUGUCAAAUCAUCUCUUCCUCAGCUUUCUCAUCAGAUACCUGCAAAUGACUCUAACUCUAGUGAAGUUAUGAGCUGCAUGAUUGGUGAUUUGAAACCAGGAGAGCUAUAUUCCUUUUUAUUUUAUGUUGUUAGUAAUAGUUUAAGGAGUGAAGGCAUUGGACUACAAACUCGAACCAAACCUGUGAUUGAUUCAGUUAUUCAUAUUGUAACUGAUGAACAAGAGACAAAAACGCUGGGAAUAAAAUAUACUCCUACUCCAAUUCGAAAUGUUGUUUUUGAUAGAUACAGAUUUCAGUUAAGUGGUACAAAUAUUCCUGCUCAGGAAAAGCUCCAGAAUGAUACAAACCGUUUAGUCAUUUUUGAUAACCUGAUUCCUGGACGUUUAUAUAACAUUAGCAUCUGGACUGUCAGUGGUGGUGUUUACAGCGUUCCUAUUGAUAGACAAGCUAGACUUUAUCCAGAAUCUGUGGGAGAAAUCAUGGCUCCAAAGAUAACUGAUACAGAAAUAACUCUUACAUGGAAUGUACCUGAUGGUGAUAAAGAUGGAUAUGAAGUCCAAUAUCAAGAUCAUGAAGGAAAUCUUAUCAGGAAUGUUUCCAUAAUAAACAGAAUAAGCUAUAAUGGACUAAGACCACAUCAUAACUACACAUUUUUAGUUUCUGUUUUGAGUGGUUAUGAUACAUCAACUACAAUACGUGGACACCCUGUUUCACGAACCUUUCAUACCUUGGAAUCUGUUCCUGGUAAAGUAAACAAUUUCCAAGCUGUCUCUGUCAAACCAAAUGUUAUCACUUUACGAUGGUCUCUACCAAGUAGUGAACAAAAUGGAAUACUUACUGGCUUUGUUAUUACUUAUUUUGUUAAAGGUUCUCUGUUUCAUCAAAAUGAAAAGUUUGGUCCAGAUGUGACAGAGGGUGUCAUAAAGAACCUUGCUCCUGGGAAAACAUAUGUUUUUGAGAUUCAAGCACAUACAAAAGUUGGUCCUGGUGGAAAAGCAACGAUAGAGAAAACUCUUCCAUUAGGAGCGCCUCCAAAUCCUGCAAGUACCAUAUUUCCUGUAAGUGUUGGAAAGUCUUCAACAUCAGCCACAAUUCAAUUUAGGAAGAAUUUUUUCUCUCAGAGUCAUGGACCUGUAACUAGUUAUACAGUUAUUGUAGCAGAAGAUGACAGUGUAGAUUCCAAGCAGCUUAACAUGCCAUCCUGGCGAGAUGUUCAGAAAUUUUCAAGAUGGCCACCAUAUCAGGUGUCAGAACCUUUCUAUCCUUUUAAUGGAACAUCAACUCAUGAAUUCAUUAUUGGUACUGAAGACUGUACUAAUGUAAAAGGAUACUGCAAUGGUCCAUUAAAGCCUGGUACUACUUACAAGGUAAAAGUGCGUGCUUUUACUGCACCAGAAAAAUUCACUGAUACUGUGUACUCCUACUCUUUUCAAACAGAUACUGACAAUACAGCUUUGUUGGCUGGCAUAACUGUCCCAUUAGUUCUGAUAAUAUUGCUGAUCAUUUUAAUUGUUGUUUUCAAACGUAAAAAAAGACAUGGCCCAUUCGCUAAAAAAGUGACUGAUGGUAACAUGAAAGAUGAUUCUAUGUCAAUUCCAGAAAGUGAAAUAAUUACAAGCCGUCCUGUGAAGUUGAAAGACUUUAUUGAUCAUUACCGGUUCCUAUCUGCAGACUCGGACUUCAGAUUCUCUGAAGAAUUUGAGUUGCUAAAACAUGUUGGUCGAGACAAGCCUUGCAAUGCUGCUGAUUUACCUGCCAAUCGGCCAAAAAACAGAUUCACUAACAUAUUGCCUUAUGAUCAUUCACGUGUUAAACUCUUGCCAUCUGAUGAUGAUGAAGGUUCUGAUUAUAUUAAUGCAAACUACAUUCCAGGAUAUAAUUCUCCAAGGGAAUUCAUAGUAACUCAAGGUCCUUUACACAGUACAAGAGAUGAUUUUUGGCGUAUGAUCUGGGAACAGAACUCUCGAGCUGUUGUAAUGUUGACUAGAUGUGUAGAAAAAGGACGUGAAAAGUGUGAUCAUUAUUGGCCUUAUGACACUCAACCAGCAUAUUAUGGUGAAAUACAAGUAAUAAUUCUUAAUGAAUCACAGUAUUCUAAAUGGACAAUAUCAGAGUUUAAAGUAUCCAGGGGAGAUCAAUCACGUAUCAUCAGACAUUUUCAUUUCACAACAUGGCCAGACUUUGGAGUACCUGAUCCACCGCAAACUCUUGUAAAAUUUGUACGGACCUUUCGCGACCGUAUACUUCCAGAUAACAAGCCUAUUGUUGUUCAUUGCAGUGCUGGUGUUGGAAGGUCGGGUACAUUCAUUGCAUUGGAUCAUAUCCUCCAAAAAAUUCAGAAACAUGAUUAUGUAGAUAUAUUUGCAAUUGUAUAUGAAAUGAGAAAAGAAAGGGUAUGGAUGGUUCAAAAUGAGCAACAAUAUAUAUGCAUCCAUCAAUGCUUAAUGUGUGUUUUAGAAGGCAAUGAAGAUAUUAUGGAUGCCCUUCGUCAAGAAGUUCACGAUAAUCAGGGUUAUGAAGAUGAUGAAGGCAUUGCUGAGUCAGGGAUGUGAAUAUUUUGUAUCAUAGUUUUAAAUGUAAACAUGUUUAGCAGCAAGUUACCGCCCCUAAGCCAAGGCUGAGGCAGAACUACAUGCAAUAUACCAGACAGCC